AUCUUUUCUUAUUAAAUAAAAUAAAAACGAAUCCGGUUAACCUAAAACGUGUUCUGUAUUUUGUAAUAUAAAAUUAUUUAUUUAUUAAUUAUUAUCGAUCAGUGACAAUAUUAGAUAAUAAAACAUGCCACGAUAUCCACUACAUCCUGCAUCUGGUACAGGGCUCAGUUUUGAUUUUCAACGAAAAACAAUACGUCUUGCAAGAUAUGGAUGUGCUAACCGACCAUUUUAUCACAUUGUCGUUCAGCCUACAGUAUUAGAACAACGUCAGCCACCGAUUGAACAAUUAGGUACUUUUGAUCCAAUGGCAAAUCAAUACAAUGAAAGAUUAGUAUCUCUUAAUUUAGAGAGAAUACAAUACUGGCUCGGUCAGGGAAAUGUUUCAUUAUCAAAAUCAAUGGAGCAGCUUCUGGGGCUGUCCGGAUUUUUACCUAUCAGUCCGAUCACAUAUAUCAAUGCUUGGAGAAGUAGAAGGAAAACUGAAGAAGAAGAAAAAAAAGCCGCAUUAAAACAAAAUGAAGACUCUCAAAAAGCAGAGCAAUCUAAUUAAGUAACAAUUUUCUUUAUUGUAAAUAGUGUUUGAUUUGAAGUUACUGAAAAAUAUUAAAAAGCUCAUUGGUAAUAAUUAA